UGGGGUCGGGGUUGCCCUGCCCUGCCCUGGCCGGACUAGCUCUCCUCCAGCAGCAUGAACCUCCACUCGGGCAGGGCGUCCGUGGCCAUGCUGCGGAUGAUGGGCUGUGCUAACGGGCGCUCUGCUCGGCAUCUCCUCCACAGUGACUGCGUGGUGGACGAGAAGACGGUGGUGCUCCAGAAGAAGGAGAAUGAGGGAUUCGGCUUCGUCCUCAGAGGGGCCAAAGCGGACACGCCCAUCGAGGAGUUUACUCCCACACCUGCCUUCCCCGCCCUGCAGUACCUGGAGUCGGUGGACGAGGGGGGCGUGGCGUGGCAGGCGGGGCUCAGGACGGGGGACUUCCUGAUCGAGGUAAACCAGGAGAAUGUGGUGAAGGUGGGCCACAGACAGGUGGUCAACAUGAUCCGCCAGGGAGGCAACCGGCUCCUCAUCAAGGUGGUGACGGUGAGCCGGAAUCUGGACCCCGAGGACACGGCACGCAAAAAAGCUCCUCCUCCACCGAAGCGAGCUCCCACCACAGCCCUGUCCAUGCGCUCCAAGUCCAUGACCUCUGAGCUGGAGGAACUCGUGGAUAAAGCAACUCUAAGGAAAAAGAAAGGUGAUGCGCAGAAGAAGAGGAUUGUUUUCCAAGUCACUCUAAACAAAGUUGAGGAGAUGACACACGCCCAGAAGACCUCACCUGUUGAUAUGAAGAUCGCUACAAUCAAACCACGCCCAUCCAGUCGCUGUUUGGUGACGCAAGCUGACAUGAAUUCCUUGUAUCAUGACCGCCAGGGAGUUGCAGUGGUGCCACCCACUGUGCCAGGGGCCUUCCUGGGAAUACCUGAGAAGGGGACGAUGAAAAAGCAAAAGUCCAUAGAUGCAUCGCAGGAUGAGAAACAGGGAUAUCUCACACCUCCCCUACUCAAGUUCGCCCGCAGCCUCUCUAUGCCUGACACCUCAGAGGACAUUCCUCCUCCCCCAGCCAUUUCACCCCCAUCGCCACCUGCCUACAACUCAGCUGCUGGACCUACACCCAAGAGCUAUGGCACCACACGACCCAGCUUCACCCAGAACUCACCCAAUGCGGUGACAACCAUUAGCCGAACCACAGACGCCAGUACGUUAAGGCGUGGCUAUUUCCGGCAGAGCUCAGAGCAUUUUGAAAGCACACGCACCCGAGGGCGCACACCAGUGCCAGAGAACCCUUACUCUGAGGUGGGCAAUAAGACACUGUAUGUGCCAGCGAAACCAGCACGUAGGAAGGGAAUGCUAGUAAAGCAGUCCAAUGUUGAGGACAGUCCUGAGAAAACAUGUCGUGUGCCAGCAAGCCCCUCAGGCCCGGUUUCCAUGCCUACCACGCCUGUAGAACGAACGUGCUCCUCCAUCCCCAUCCCCACUAUCAUCGUUAAGGAGCCCUCCACCAGCAGCAGUGGCAAGAGCAGCCAGGGUAGCAGUAUGGAGAUCGAGCCCACCACCCCUGAACACCCACCCCUUACGCCCACUGUAGGUGGAAGCGGAGGUUUGCGUCCUGAAGACCCUAUGUCUCUGGGCAACCCGUUUGCAGCAGCUAUUGCCGGGGCAGUCCGGGACCGGGAGAAGAGGUUAGAGGCAAAAAAACACUCAAUUGCCUUCCAGUCAAUAGACAUGGGGGAUGAUGAAUUUAGUAGUCCCACCCCGACCCCUCGCCUUCGCCAGUCAAAGUCCAUCGAUGAAGGCAUGUUCAGUAGCGACGAGCGGCUUAGAAGGAUACUGGCGCCUUCAGCGGCACAACUCGGGCCCCCUGUUGGGGGCGGCAGUGGCAACAUGACUGAUUUCAACACUCCUGAGCCCACAGUGGUGCGGGAGCCUCUUAACACCAGAACAGGCCAGUGUCCCAACCUGGACAGUCCUGUAAGUCUCCCAUCCACUCCUCCUAAGAGCCACUACAGGGCCAAUGGGACCUACCUCCAUCCUGUCACCGGCAAGCCCUUGGACCCUAACUCUCCACUCGCUCUGGCCCUGGCAGCUCGUGACCGGGCAAUGAAGGAGCAACAGAACCAUCCUCAGAAUCAGCCACAAAAUCCUCCUCAGGUUCAGCAAUCCGCCAAGCAUGAAGCCCAGUCCCUUCCAAUUCAGCCAAGCCACAAACCAGACCUCAACCAACCGCUGUUUAUUGACACCAAACUACGCUCUGGGAUCGAGACAAGUUUUGCUGCAAUCUCCACUGCAACCAUGGGGCGGCCCGGCCGAGGUGGCCUGCGGAGACAGAUGACAGAGCAGAAAUAUGAGUCUGAUGGGGCACGGGAAGAACGGCAGCAUCAGGCAGUUGAGGAGAGGAAGAGUGCCCCAGCGGAUGUGGCAGACACAUCACAGCCAAAGUCAGCCGGGCUGUUGAUGGUCCACACCACAGACGCCAGCAACAAGGUUAACAACCAGGAGGAGGGGCAGGACAGCAACAGGCCAUCAGAACUGAAGGACCCAAACCAACCUGAUCCUCUCAAAGCUUCAUCUCUGUCUGUCAACCCCCAGCCGCCUUCGUUGCGGAGGAGGAGCAUUCCCUUAGGCGAGUCCUUGGAUGAACCGGUCAAACUACCCUUUCGCAUCCCCCCACCCCCUCUGGCCUCUGUUGAUAUCGACGAGGACUUUGACUUCACAGAGCCUCUCCCACCACCACUGGAGUUUGCCAACAGUAUUGAUAUUCCUGAUGAUCAGGCUAGUGCCAUUGCAGAGAUGCUUCACCAACAGAGACGGAAUGGGGGACCUCCUCUACCCCCGUACCAUGCUCACGCUCCGCCACCUGUCACUGAUCAACUCAAACGGGUCACAAACAACAUGCCACCAUCAUACCCUCCUCCCCCACCUGACCCGGAGUCCGGGGUAGGUGACUCGGGCAUUGAAGAGGUAGACAGCCGCAGUAGCGGGGAUCCUCAGCACAUGGAGACCACCAGCACCGUUUCCAGCAUCUCCACGCUGUCGUCAGAGGGAGGCUUUUGCGACAGCACUCUGGAGAGCCUCUAUGCCACUGCAGAUGGGCAUGCCUUCCUGGUGGAUCGGCCUCCUGUGCCACCCAAACCCAAGGGCAAGUCAGUCAUCAACAGAACAUCGCUUUAUCAUGAUGCUCUCAUUGAAGAGCCCCCGGAGUCCUAUGGGUCACCACCUCAGGCCCCUCCCCCUCCCCCCUCAUCCUCCGAACCUCCUAGGACUCCUACGCAAAGAACAUCCAAACUGUGGGGCGAUCAGCCCCCUGAGCUGCGCAGCCCUCCAUCUACACCAGACUCCAAGAACACCGUCAUCACCGAACUGAGCUCCAUUCUGCAGCAAAUGAACCGUGACAGGCCAGCAAAGCCAGGAGAAAGCCUCGACUCCCCCACCGGGACCAGGGGAGCCUUCGGAACAAGGCCUCCCACUGAAGACUCAGGAAUGCGUAACAACGCUGCCGGCGCUGCUGCCCUCACCUCCACUCCUCCCAGCAGCCUUCCAUCCCAGACGCAUCCUUGCAGCCCGCCUGACUCCGCCUCCUCCCUCACCCCCUGCUCCUCACUGCCGCCCUCCGUGUCGCCCACCCUUACCGACGUCUUCGGUCUGCCCACGCCGCCCAUGGGCAGCGGCGGCGGGUACAGCCUGAGCUCCUCCUGCGGCGGCAGCGGGAGUUCGCGCUCUCCAUCGCCGCUCACGCUGAUGCAGGCGGUGGCGGCCUCGGGCAAGCCGUUCGCCUCCAAACCCAUGGAGCUGUGGAGCAAGCACGACGUGGCGGACUGGCUGGAAAGCCUCAACCUGGGGGAGCACAGAGACGCUUUCCUGGACAAUGAGAUCGAGGGAGCUCACCUGCCCUCACUGCAAAAAGAGGACCUGAUAGACCUGGGCGUGACGAGGGUGGGCCACCGCAUGAACAUCGAGAGGGCCCUCAAGCUGCUGCAGGACAGAUAAGCCCCGAGGAGACGGGGAGGAGACGCGUGGAGUCCGGCCGAGGAGAGGGAGGUGUUACCGAUCACUUUUACCAAUCUCUUCAUCAGACAUAAUCUCAAGUCGUGGAACUGGGUAGAAGUUUUGUCCAAGCUGAUGCUGCCUCUUGCUGUUUUUGUCCUCUCUCAUCCUCUGUCGCCCUCAUCUCAGUGCUCCGGUCUUGUCCGCCCUCUUCCUCCUUCCCACCGCUCUGAGCAUCAGGCGAUCAUGGGAUGUUGGCGGAACUGCAGGGGGAGAGAGAGAAGAGAAUAGCUGCUAAGUCACAUGAAGGAGAGAGAGAGAGAAGAGGAGGCCAGUACGAAGGACUGACCAGAAAACAAAAACUCUGGAAUAGCGUGGACUCAAACACUGGAAAAAUACUUGUCUGGAAGUUUAUUUCACAUAAAGACUCGUGCUCACCCAACUGCUUUGGAAUACUGAAGACUUUUUCCAUACACCCGGUGUGGGUGCAUGAAGAACCAGCUGAGCUGGUCGUUGCUCCUUUUCUAUCUUUGCUAGAGUUUGUUCAGAGAAUAAUAUUUCUUCACUAGAGUCCUACCGGAGUUAUAUUUCUGGGUGCAUCUAAGGUUGUAGAGAAAAAUUUGAGAUAGACUCCAUUUUUUUUGCUUUUCACCUGUUUGUGUCAAAAAUAAGAACAUUAGCUGACAUGUUUAAACGAAUACUGAACCAUAUCUCAUGUCCAUGCACACACACACACACACACACACACACACACACACACACACACACACACACACACACUUUAUGCAGAGUGCCACACACUGACAAACAAGAGCACACACUGUCUUCACACAUCCUAAGCAUGUAACACACCGAUACUGCGAUGGCCUUCUUCUCCUGAGAGAGAGCAAAGUGUGGACAGAGGUGGUCACCAGAGGAGGCGCUCCGCUGUACCAGGGGCCCCGCGGCCCCUCGUCAGUCUGCACCCAGCCGGUGUCCACCUCAUCAUACGAAGACAACGGAGGCGAGGACACGAGGUACAAGACGGACAGACAAACGUUGGACCAGGAAUAUUCUCACCUUGAAGUGGUUUGGGCUUGUCUGUCUGAUAAGGGCGUCCUCUUGGUUUUUCCUUCAAGUGUUGUGUGUGUGUGUGUGUGAAUGUGUGUGUGCGUGUUGAUGGUUGACCCGAGUUAUCACUAAGGCCAGUUUAGCUCUUUCCUCAGACCCGCUCUUUAGGCCACAGUAGGUAAACUAGAGCUGUUCUUCGCUUUUGUACUUUCCUUCCCCUCACGACGUCAGAUCUCCUUCCCCUCACCAUCAGCAGGUCAACACUCAGCGUUCAUGUGGCCCCACAGCAGCGCUAACAUAUCCAACACCCUGUGUGCACGUGGUAGAAGAAGAGGUUUAAUAGAGAGAGAGCGUUACCAGGUUUAAAGGAAUAGUCUCACAUUUUUGGGGAUUAAACGUAUUGCUGCGCGUCAGAACACUGAUAGCACUCUGAUGUCUGUGCAGGAAAUAUGAAUCUGGAGACGAUUAGCUUCGCAGUAAGACUGGAGGCAGGAAAAGUGCUAACAAAAGCUCAAAGUUCAAUAUGUCAUAUCUCACCUGAUGAUCAGUGUGCUGUGGAGGUAUCUGUCAGUCAGUCCGCUGCUUCAGUCCAGACAGAAAUAUAUCUACAGCCACUGAACUGCUCCUCAGAAUCCCGUCAGGAUAACCUUCAAAAAGAUCCAUUUUUAUCCAUUCCGGUAACCUUUAGAAAGUCUAGAGGAGCGACACGAUUACAUCAAUUUAUUUAGCGAAGGGCUGAAAGUGUCAGAGUACGUCUCUGUCCCCCGAACAACAGUGAUGUCGGUGAUUUUGUAUCUGGAAGUUGAACUUUCUUGGCUUCGUGCAUCACAGAGCAGCUUUAAUCUGAAUGAACGGGGCCUUCACACGGACACUGUGUCCAGUUUCCUCUUCAGUGCAUCCACACUUUUCCCUGCUUCAGUCUUAAUGCUAAGCUAAGCUAAGCUAAGCUAAUCAUCUCCAGGCUUCAGCUCCACAUUCACAUGACAGUGGUAUCGAUCUUCUCAACAAACUGAACGAGAAAAUUAAUAUGCGUUUCCUAAAAUGUCGACCCAUUUAAAGCUGUCACCUGAUGGUAUUUUAUUGAUUUUGAAUCCAGUGUUGGAUCCUUUGGAAUCCCUUUUUUAGCUGUCAACAAUUGUAAACAAUAAAUGUUAUAAGUAACCUGA